AGUACUCAGGCUUCCCCAGCCUCUUUCCCGCCCCCCCUGAGUCUGUGCUUUCCUGCCUGCUUUCUCUUUCUUUUCUGGCUCAGCCUGGGACAGAAGCCUCUAUCAGAGGAGGCUCAGGUCUUGCAGUUUAAAACCAGUAAUGGAAAAACACAAGAACGUUUCCUGGAUCCACCAGCAGGAACUGGCAGAUCCAUCCCAGAAAUACCUGAACAGCACCGAGGACUACCUGGCCUUCCUCUACGGGCCUCCACGCAGCCACUUCUUCUUCCCAGUGACUGCAGUGUACGCGCUGAUUUUCGUCGCGGGAGUCGUCGGCAAUUUCCUGGUGUGCCUGGUGAUUCUUCGGCACCAGGCUAUGAAGACGCCCACCAACUACUACCUGUUCAGCUUGGCCGUCUCUGACCUCCUGGUCCUGCUCCUUGGGAUGCCCCUGGAAGUCUACGAGAUGUGGCGCAACUACCCCUUCCUGUUUGGGCUGGUGGGCUGCUACUUCAAGACGGCCCUCUUUGAGACGGUGUGCUUUGCCUCCGUCCUCAGCGUCACCACGGUCAGCGUGGAACGCUACGUGGCCGUCCUCUACCCGUUCCGGGCCAAACUGAGGAGCACCCGGCGGCGGGCUCUCAGGAUCCUUGGCCUCGUCUGGGGCUUCUCUGCCCUCUCCUCUCUGCCCAACACCAGCGUUCACGGCAUCAAGCUGCACUACUUCCCCAAUGGGUCCUUGGUCCCGGGCUCCGCCACCUGUGCGGUCAUCAAGCCCAUAUGGAUCUACAAUUUCGUCAUCCAGGUUACCUCUUUCCUCUUCUACAUCCUCCCCAUGACUGUCAUCAGUGUCCUCUACUACCUCAUGGGGCUCAAACUAAAGAAGGACCAACUGCUUGGGGCAGAUGAAAUGACUGCAAAUAUUCAAAGACCUGCCAGAAAAUCAGUCACCAAGAUGCUAUUUGUCUUGGUCUUAGUGUUUGCUGUCUGUUGGGCCCCAUUCCACAUUGAUCGGCUCUUCUUCAGCUUUGUGGAGGAGUGGACUGAAUCCCUGGCUGCUGUGUUCAAUCUCAUCCAUGUGGUGUCAGGUGUCUUCUUCUACCUGAGCUCAGCCGUCAACCCCAUUAUCUAUAACCUACUCUCGCGCCGCUUCCGGGCAGCAUUCUGGAAUGUGAUCUCUCCCUGCAAACAGGGGCACUCUCAGCACCACCAACAGGGGCCACCUGCCCAGCGGAACAUCUUCCUGACAGAAUGCCACCUUGUGGAGCUGACUGAAGAUGCAGGUCCCCAGUUCCCUUGUCAGUUAACCGUCAGCAGCUCGCACCCCCCUACAGCCCUCUGUAGUGGACAGGCACCAUGAAAGGGACACUCAAAGAGUUGACAUUCCUUUAUGCCACCAUACUACAGGAAGGGACACCCUGUAAAAUUUAUGCUUUCUUACAUGAUAGUAGGGAGGUAAAAUGAGUCUUACAACUUAUAUACCCACUUCUAAUUGUGUGUGUGUGUGUGUGUGUGUGUUUAAACAAAUUGCUACCAAAUCUGUAUCUAAAACCCAGAACCUUCUGAGUUUUAGCUUCCUUUCCACCAUCCUAACUGCCUCAUGCUCCUUCACUAGUUCAUGGAAAGAAAAAAAAAAUCAUGACCAGUAAAGAAUGACACCUAUACUUUGA